CCCCCAAACUCCUGCAAUUGCCGCCCCCCGUCUCGGAUACGCAUACAUACACGCCCUCGCACAGUCGCAAUGGUUCACAAGGUCCUGUUCUGGAGCGGUCUCGGUAUCGCGGCACGACUAUGGCAGCUCGGCAUUGAGAUGCGCCCGCUCUUCAACCGCGAGUCGCUCUGGGUCUACCCCGUCUAUGCUGGCAUCGGCGGCAGCUUUGGCUACUGGCUGAUGGGGGUCGAGCACCGCCAGUUCAAGUACCUGGCCGACCGCCGCGACACAUUGCUCGAGAAGCGGGCACGAAGGAAGGAGCGUGAAGAGGCGGCUGCCGCAGAGCAGUCGUAGAUCACAUGCAGCAAGAUAGAGGCUAUGUGAGGAGGGGUAAUCAGAGACAGGAGGCAGGCUAUUGGCCGUCCUCUGCAGCAUGGGAAGAGCCGCCAUGUGUGCAAUUGCGCUCGAAUCUGCUGCAUUCGUCCGUCAGACUCAAUGGCACGCUGAAGGAAAAUCUACAUGCACGUUGGGACGGAGGGCGUUACUUUGUACUCUUAUCAUGCGUUCGAGCCGAGGACUCGCUCUGUACAACAUCCUCAAACCCAAGAAUACAAAAAAGACUUCUUCAAC